AUGACAUCACGUCAAACACUUUCUGGUGUUGAUGGACAGGGCACGAAUACCCCGCAAGUUGUUCAGGGGUUUUCAGGUGCUGAGGGUGGCAUCCUAGAGGGAGGCAUUGCCUCAGGUUUUGCUCCGGGGGUGCGCCUCAAGCACCGAACACGUAGAUACAACGCUUCUGGAAGCCUCAGCGACAGCUCCUCCAGCGUAAAACGACAAGAAUCUUCGCCAACUUUGACGCUCAUAUCGUCAAAGGGCUCUGCUGAUUCGAAUUACUCCCAGCCUUCAUCGGAUCUAUCACUUGACGAGGAGAAAGAGACGCUGCGUAGGGAAAAAGAGCGGCAAGCACUUAGUCAACUCGAAAAAGCAAGAACGAAACCGGUAGCGUUUGCCGUCAGAACCAACGUCGCCUACGAUGGCUCCGUCGACGACGAUUCUCCAGUCCAUGGAUACGCGAUUUCUUUUGAAAUUAGGGAUUUUUUACAUAUUAAGGAAAAAUACGACAACAACUGGUGGAUCGGGCGGCUGGUCAAAGAAGGUUGCGACAUCGGUUUCAUUCCAUCGCCGGUCAAGCUGGAGAACCUGCGGUUGCAGCAGGUGCAGACGAGAACGACGAAGCUGUACUCGAGCAAGACGAGCUCGAGUUCGAACAUCGGCGCUUCCGCCGGUAACGAUGUUUCCAGAGGUAGCACUCCUCCCACGCCCGGCGAUGAAUCCGAUUCGAUGGGCAACGCCAGAACGAGCAAAUCGCUCACCACACCUCCGGCGAAGGAAAAAAAGAAACCGUUCUUCAAGAAACAAGAGGCGGCCGCCCCUUACGAUGUAGUUCCUUCCAUGCGACCCGUAGUUUUAGUAGGUCCUUCUCUCAAAGGAUACGAGGUCACGGACAUGAUGCAGAAAGCCUUAUUUGAUUUUUUAAAGCAUAGGUUUGAAGGAAGAAUAAUUAUAACUAGGGUAAUGGCGGAUAUUUCGCUGGCGAAGCGCUCCCUCCUGAACAACCCUUCGAAAAGGGCGAUAAUGGAAAGGUCGACCACUCGAUCGACGUGUCUGUCGGAAGUUCAGGCGGAAAUCGAGCGGAUAUUCGAGCUGGCGACGACGUUACAACUAGUGGUGCUGGAUUGUGAUACUAUAAACCAUCCUUCGCAACUUGCCAAAACUUCUUUAGCUCCUUGUAUUGUCUAUCUAAAAAUUAGUAGUCCUAAGGUUUUGCAGAGGCUUAUAAAAUCGAGAGGAAAAAGUCAAGCUAGGCAUUUAAAUGUUCAAAUGGUUGCUUCAGAAAAGUUAGCUCAAUGUCCGCCUGAGAUGUUCGACGUCAUUUUAGACGAGAACCAGCUGGAAGACGCUUGUGAACACAUAGCUGAAUAUUUGGAAGCUUAUUGGAGAGCCACUCAUCCCGAAAUAAGCGUUCCAAACGUUCCUCGACCAAUGGGAAGUUCGCCUCAGGCUUCUCCUAGUGGGGACCAAGGAAGACCCACGUUACCAGCACACCACGAUGUAUACGGAUACGGCCAUCACGAGUCUCGAGCACAUACUUUCCACACCGGCCACACCCGAAGCAUACGAGGUCGUUUAGAGCGCGAGCGCGAAUACGAAGAGUACUCGGACAGGGAGCUGAACGCGCACCUGGACGACUAUCGAGAGCGCAUCCCCAUCCCCACGUCCAGGUCGCGCGACGAGGAGUUCACCAGCCACAGAGGAGCUUCCAGGCGCGCUCUCAACGCCAUCUAG